GAUUCGGCUGAUUUUGUGGCUUAAUGGCAAAAAAAAUGGUUGUUUUGUUUAUUUAUUUAUUUUUACACCAUUGUAGGUGUAGGAUAGUAGAGGCAGAGAUUACCAAAGAAAGUCUUUAUUUUAUAGAGAGAUUUUGGCAUUUUAGGCAGUAUUAAAGUCACAAUUAAGAAGGCUCAAAUGUUGUCAAAACAAUUUGAGAUUGGACGAUGUUAUUUAUAAGGAAAAAAAGGUUGUUUAUUUUUCAUAUUUCAGUUUAUACAGGAUAUAAGAAAGGUUCGUUUUGUUGUUGUUGUUUUGACGUUCCAGUACUUUACCGUCAAAACAAGUAGGGAGUAGUAGCGCUAUUCAAACAAAAUAUUUGGUUUGAUGCGAUCUUGUGGUGUUCCCUGUGGUUUGUUUUGUUUUUUCCUCUUCCUCUGUAACAUUAGACUGAUGAAAGCUGCGCGCGGUCAAGCCCACAUCUCCAAACUGCAUCAGCCUGAUUUAGACUAGAUGAUGGCUAGAUGAGACAGCAUAUGACUGCUCAUGAGUGUGUGCUGCUGGUAUUAUAGGCUAGUUGUCAAACAAGUCUUCGCCCGAAAUAAGGGGAUAUGAGUAUAAAGAGAGUGUUUUGUUAAGGACUAAGCGAUGGAGCAAGGGUCAGAAGAGAACAUGGAGAGCUCGUGGACUCUGCUGUCCUGGCUGGCUUCUGGUGUGAUGGUGUUUGGGGGUGCGGUGCCCUACAUCCCCCAGUACCAGGAGAUCCAGAGGACCAAUAAUGCUGAGGGAUUCUCCACAAGAGUCUGUCUGGUGCUGCUCAUUGCUAAUAUACUUCGCAUUUUCUUCUGGAUAGGCAAACAGUUUGAACUGCCUUUGCUCCUGCAGAGUGUGGUGAUGAUUCUUACCAUGUUGGUUAUGCUACAUUUGUGCUGUUCCAUCCAGAGCAGCAACCGUGUCAGUACCAAACAGCAUCACAUCACAGAUUUGGACCUUCGGUAUUUCUGGAGCUGGAGUUCUUUUGAGGACUAUCUGAUGUUCUGCUUUGCCUUCAUGCUGCUGUGUGCUUUCAUAACGUUCCUCUUUCUGGACUGGGUCCUAUUUGUGGAGGCCCUGGGCUCUUUGGCGGUGAUGUUUGAAGCCAUGUUGGGCCUGCCUCAGCUGCUGCAAAACUACAACAACCGCUCCACCAGAGGCAUGAGCGUAAAGAUGGUGCUUCUGUGGACCGCUGGUGACAUCUUUAAGACCACGUAUUUUGUGAUCAAUGAAAGCCCCACCCAGUUCUUGGUCUGUGGUGCGGUACAGAUCUUAAUUGACAUUGCCAUUCUGCUGCAGGUGGGCUUCUAUGGCCAGGACACCAGAAUCAAACUGGGCUGAACUCACUAUAAUAAUGAUGGUCAUCAACACUCCUAAACAAGGACAUACUACAUGCUGCAAACCUACAAAACUAUACGCUUUUAUUUUUCUACAGUGGGGUUCAAAAGUCUGAGACUACUAGUGAAAAUGUUUGUAUUUUGCUUUUCUUUCAUUUAAUAUAACUUAAUUUCACAAUGAUAUUUAAUCAUAUGUUUAUCUCUCAUUUUAAAUAAAAAAUUUUUAUUAAAAAAUGCAUUAAUAACAUGAAAAUUAAAGUUAAAAAGUUCAAUUGAAAAAUGUUAAUUCAUUAAGGGAGCCAGAAGCUAGAUAUUUUACUUUAUAACUUGUUAAAUAUGGAUAUUUUUCUUGCACAAACGCAUCGCUUCACUUCAGAAGACCUUUAUUAAACCCCCGGAGCCGUGUGGAGUAUGUUUAUGAUGGAUGGAUGUGGAUAGGGUCACUUUUCUUGAGCUUCAUUCACUGCCAUUGUAAAGCUUGGAUGCGUCAGGAUGUUUAUUAAUAUAACUCCGGUUGUGUUCUUCAGAAAGAAGGAGUUCAUAUACACCUAGGAUGGCUUGGGGUAAUUUUCAUUUGAGGGUGAACUAAUCUUUUAAAGCAAAAUAUCAAAUGUUUUCUAUUAGUUUUCUCAUAAUGUCUCAGUCUUUUGAACUCCACAGCGUAUUUAUUUUUAUUAUAUUUAUCCUGAGGUUGUUUUCUCUCUCUUUUCAAGUUAUUUCAUGUCUUACCAAAAAACAAGUUUGUUCAAAGAAGGGUGAACAGGCCUUAUAUGCACCUGCCGGACAUCUUAUAAUUUAAAGAAAACAUUUAACUAAUCCAGUCUACACAUUUACUACAACCUGCCAAAUGAAUGACCCUUCAGUUUGUUGUUUUUAUAGUAUUUGUCUUUUUGCUAGCUUUUGUGAGAGCCAGUAUGCUCUUAGUGCAAUGGAAGUGCUUGGAAAUGCAUGUGCCAAAUGCAUCUGCCUCAAACUGAAUUCAAACUGCUAGCUCAUUUGUCAACCAUUUGUGAUUCUUUUUCUUCGUAGAGCACUUAAAUCAUUGUUACUUGAAUAGUUGCACAUGAAAAUCCAUAUUUUAAGCAGCAGAUUUAUGUUAGACUUUAUAAACCUGAGCCUUGAGUCAAAACCAGUUGCUGAUGAAUGGUUUUAUUACCAAACUUUAAUUACCUAACCAUAUCAGUGGAAUAGCAUGAGGGUAUGUCAUAAAUAUAUAAUGGACAACUGAUUUAUCACAUAUGAUUGCAUUGCAAACAAGAAAAACAGAUGGAUUUGUUCUGUUUCCAUAUCACAGAUCAAUAUUCCCUUUUAAACAAAGUAAUUUUGCUAAAGGAUCGUUUUACUAUUGGUGCCAGCAUUUCGCAAAUGCAGUAUUGUUUUUAACCAAAGUUUUUAACGGAGAAAUCAGAAUGAUAAUGCGUAAUGGUCCAAUGAAAAACCAGUUGCAGUUCAUUGUAACCACACAAAGCCAAUUAUGGACAAUAUUUGAGCCAUCUUGAGUUGAUAGUCUGCUAUGUCCUGUAAAGAUGACAAUGAUUACCUCUCCACAUGACCACAACCAUCCAUGUUUGUCCAUGCACGUCACGCCAAGAUGAAGAGCAGUCUGCCCCCUCAAAUAUUGACAUUUGGUCUGUGUUUAUGUGGAAGUUGAUGGGACUGGUGAGAAAAAGUGGAAAUUGAUGAGACUGGUGAGAAAAAAAUGCAGUCAUCUCAACUCUCCUGCUGCGGUUGAUCAGCUUUGAGGAGUCUUCAUCAUAAAAUAGUUCCUCUCUAUUAAGUUACCAUUCACAUCAGCACUGAGGUAUGUACUAUUUUUCACUGCAAAGAAAAGGUCACUAUAACUUUAAAUCCUACUGUAGCGCCAGGCUGCUCAGGGAGGACUACAGAUGUGGCCUUAAAAAAGCACUUUCAAAUUCCAUCUCAGUUUUGGCUUUCUUUCUACUUCCCUGCCCAUGUUUUACUGUAGGGAUUUCGACACUGCGAUAGACUGAUUAAGCCUGGUGGCUCCUUUGGCAUUAGUUGAACGUCAAAGUUUAGCCGUUGGUUAUUACAGAUGGUCACAAAGCCACAGCCUCAGCUGUUUCCUCCCUGCAUGGGCAGGUUUAUUGGCUUUAGUUCUCAUUGUGGUGAGACUUUAUUUGUGGUAAAUCUUUGUUCUGUUGUGCUGUUAAUCACCUCGUCAACAUAUCUGACCCCAGCAAAGGUCAAAACCACUGACACAUUCAUUCACAGGAAAAUACAGAUACAUUGCAUUACUGCGAUGCUAUGCAGUACAUAUGUUUGAAUGUCAUUUGGAAGUAUUUUCUUUUAGAAUGUACUUUUGUACAUUUUUUUUAAGUUAAGAUGAACUCUUGGAUAAGGUACACUUCUAGGGCUGGGUAAAAAUAUCGAUUUCUCGAUUUUAAUCAAUUCUCAUUUUUUACGAAGCGAUAUCGAUCCCAAGAAUCCAUUAGUCCAUCCUGUUUUCAGUUGUUGAAUGAACAGAACAUUGUAGUGUGCCUCCCGUCCAAUAAAUCGCAAUAAGCUUUGUGCAUUGUUGCUUUUGAUGUGAAACAAAGUCUCAGAUUUCAAAUUCUGUCAAUUGUUUUAUGAAAUUCAAAAAAUAAAUAGCAUUUUGGCGCUUUUUAAUGUGGCCUGACAGAUCGCUGUUGCACCUCAGUUCAAGAGAAGCGGCAGCGCGAAGCGCACGUGAACUGAUCAUCUCCUUCGCUUUAAUACCAGUUACAGCAUGAAAUAAACAUGAAUGAACAUCUGAAGGUAUGUUAAAAGAUACAGUACAACUUACCGAAAUCCGUAUCAUGUCUCAUGUAAUCGCUCAACCAGUGUUUCAACCGCGGAAUAAGACAGCUUACAAUAUGUCACAUCACAUUUAGCCUACCUCAGGAAAACCAUAUCCAGUGACCAUAAACUCGUUAGUCAGCUAGGAAAAUGAACCCUAGAGAGGAGCAUUAUGCUAAAUACAUGCACCAUAUUACAUAUUCAUUGUCAUUUUUAAUGUUCUUCAAUGUUUAAUGCAUGUUUGAAUAAAUCCAUCAAGUUUUUAUGACAGCCACCAUUAUGUUUAUAUUUCAAAAAACGAAUUGAAGUAGGCUAGAAGUAGAAUUGUGAUUGUAAAGUUAGUAUUAUAAGUUUAUUAUUAUAAAAACUUCAUUGAGUGUAAUUUAAGUACAAAUUAGUUCAUUUUAACAUGUAUAGUUUACAGCAUUAGUUGACAGAUUUUUUUCCUUAAGAAAAUUUGCCAUGUAUUGUACCUGCAUAUAUCCAAAAUAAUCGAUAUUGAAUCGAAUCGGAAUUGAAUUGAAUCGCAAGCCUGUGAAUCUGAAUCAUAUCGAAUCGUGAAAUUUGUGUCAAUACCCAGCCCUAUAUACUACCAUUCAAAAAAAAAAAAAAAAAAAAAAUUAUAUCAAGGAUGCAUUAAAUUGAUCAAAAGUGACAGUAAAGUAUUUAUAUUUACAAAAGAUAUCUAUACUGUUCUUUUUGGGGUUUCUGUUCCUCAAAGAAUCUUGAAAAAAAUGUAUCAUGGAAAUGUGUUUUUCCACAAAAAUAGUAAGCAGCUGAUAAUAAUAUUUGUUUCUUAAGCAGCAAAUCAUAUUCAAAUAAUUUCUGAAGGAAAUGGCUCCUGAAAAUUCAGCUUUGCCAUCACAUGAAUAAAUUGCAUUUUAAAAUGUAUUAAAAUUUUAAAUUGCAAUAAUCUUUCACAGUAUUACUUAUCUUUUUUUGAAUGGUAGUGUACACAAUUUUUGUCCAGUCAAACUGUCCCGUCUCACACCAAUACACUCCUCAUGAGAAAAGUUUUAUCAGCAGUUGUGAUAUUUUGUGUUUGAGUUCAUAUAUAUAUAUAUAUAUAUAUGAUUUCACAGUUUUGAGAGCUGACUUUGGUAUCCUGGAUAUUUUUCUUCAGUUUGAGGUAUCUUAUGAAACUCUAGAGUGAGAUUGCUAGGAUCUUUUUCUCAGAAGAAACAUCUGAAAAGCUGUAGUCUUCAUUUGCUCUGCGAUAUUUUCUUUGCUCUUUCUUUCUUUUGGGCCAACUCGUUUAACGUUUAAUUUUGAUCUUCUUAAAACCUUUUUGUAACCAGAAAAGAAUGAUUGUUACAUCUAAAGAUAUUCUUGUUUUGUUUAAUAAUCACACAUAUGUUUCUACUGUAUCUGUUAUUUUUCCAAUUUUCAUUGUUUUGUUAGUUGCACAUGACUGGUACAGUAAAUAGCUUUGCCAAGCUUUGUAAUUCUCUCAUCAUCAGUGAGGAAAUCACACCGAUGAGCAAGAUAAACGGUCUAUUAUGUGUUUAAUGUUGUGUGAUAAUGACCGUUUAAUGUUGCCUUAAUGGUCUGAACAUUUUUGUCAAUCGUGUCAAAAAGGUGCCUUAAAAAGUGUCAUGACGAACAAUCUUUAACCUGUCAUUAUGAAUACAGCUUAUUGGACAUAAUUAUUCAAUUUUCAGGAUAUUAGUGUUAUAACAUAUGCAACCUUUAUGAUAUAAUGCCAUGGGUUAUGGCAUUAUAUAGAGGAUACAGGGCUGGAAAUGAGGGUUGGGGGACUGGGACUGAGUCCAGUGAGUGAAUUGCAUGGGGGGACAGAGUUCCAAUUCGAAAUGUAGAGGAUUUCCAUCUUUCAUCCAUGUUAUAGCCUCCAAACACUAUGCAAAUUUCAUACAUAAAUAUGGUAUGAUUUCCCCCCCCCCCCCCCCCCCAUUUAUAGUUUAAAAAUAUGAAAUAUUUUUUGUGAAUCUUGGCCAUUUUCACCACUGUGUGUGUAUAUGUUUAUCAUAUUCCUGGACCUGCAGAUGCUAUCCUGUUGCAUCUGGAUGAACCCACAAUGUCAGCAUGUUAUGUAACAAUAUCUGUAUUGCUUGUUUAAUGAUUUUUUUUUUUUUAUUUCCUAAAUUUGUAUUUGUAAAGCUCCAGCAAUAUACUUGAUUUAAUAACAUCUGAUGCAUGAUUACACAUUUUAAAUGGCAUGUAAAUUGCUUGUGUGACCAGUGCAGUGGAGUGUAAAAUUGAAAAACCAAGUUCCAUCCUUUUCUGAUUCUGUACUAAGCGUGUGUGACAGGAAACAGAAUGACCAUUAUGGAUAAUAAAGAAAAAAAUCACUGAUCAGAAA